AUGGAUGGAUGGGGCAGAGUUAACAGGAAGUUAGGACCUAGGCCUGAUGGAUGGAUGGGCAGUAACAGGAAGUUAGGACCUAGGCCUGAUGGAUGGAUGGGCAGUAACAGGAAGUUAGGACUAGGCCGAUGGAGGAGGGCCAUACGGAAGUUAGGACUACUGUGGAUGGGCAGUAACAGGAAGUUAGGACCUAGGUCUGAUGGAUGGAUGGGCAGUAACAGGAAGUUAGGACCUAGGCCUGAUGGAUGGAUGGGCAGUAACAGGAAGUUAGGACCUAGGCUGAUGGAUGGAUGGGCAGUAACAGGAAGUUAGGACCUAGGCCUGAUGGAUGGAUGGGCAGUAACAGGAAGUUAGGACCUAGGCCUGAUGGAUGGAUGGGCAGUAACAGGAAGUUAGGACCUAGGCCUGAUGGAUGGAUGGGCAAGUAACAGGAAGUUAGGACCUAGGCCUGAUGGAUGGAUGGGCAGUAGAAGUAGACUAGCUGAAUAGGGAAGUUAGGACCUAGGCCUGAUGGAUGGAUGGGCAGUAAAACAGGAAGUUAGGACCUAGGCCUGAUGGAUGGAUGGGCAGUAACAGGAAGUUAGGACCUAGGCCUGAUGGAUGGAUGGGCAGUAACAGGAAGUUAGGACCUAGGCCUGAGGAUGGAUGGGCAGUAUAACAGGAAGUUAGGACCUAGGCCUGAUGGAUGGGCAGUAACAGGAAGUUAGGACCUAGGCCUGAGAUGGAUGAGUAACAGGAAGUUGGAUAGGUAGAGGUAGUAACAGGAAGUUAGGACCUAGGCCUGAUGGAUGGAUGGGCAGUAACAGGAAGUUAGGACCUAGGCCUGAUGGAUGGAUGGGCAAAAUCAGUAGAACAGGAAGUUAGGACCUAGGCCUGAUGGAUGGAUGGGCAGUAACAGGAAGUUAGGACCUAGGCCUGAUGGAUGGAUGGGCAGUAACAGGAAGUUAGGACCUAGGCCUGAUGGAUGGAUGGGCAGUGUAACAGGAAGUUAGGACCUAGGCCUGAUGGAUGGAUGGGCAGUAACAGGAAGUUAGGACCUAGGCCUGAUGGUGGAUGGGCAGUUAACAGGAAGUUAGGACCUAGGCCUGAUGGAUGGAUGGGCAUAAGAAGUAGGAUAGGUGAUGGAGGAGCAGUAACAGGAAGUUAG